AAAAAGAAAAAAACAUUCCCAAAAAAUAUUGCCGACCCGCUCGGAAGUCGAACCCUAUCCUAAUCCCUCCACUACUCUCUUCCCAUAUUCGAAAGCAGAGUCUUCGCGGAGCAAGAAGCCUAAGACAGACGAAGAAACAGCUCUGACAGUCGAACCUUCGUAAUGCCGCCGUCGCUUCGCAAUCCGAUGAAAAUCCGGAAGAAGACGGCUCCCGGUUCAUCGGAGAGCAGGUUCCCGACGAUGAAGCCCGGCGUAGGUGGCCUCGUCGGUACACAGGGAAGGUACAUUCAAGUCGGAAAUGCGGCUGCUGUUCCAGUUUCUCGGGUGCUCGGAUAUGCCUUGGCUUUGGCACCCCAGGGCUUAUCCGGGGAAGAACCUGUUUUUGCUUUGCCAGAGACAUUUCCAAGACUGCAAAUUGAUUCACUGCCAGCUGUUGAGGAUUUUGUUUAGUUUCUGUAAUUCUGUAUUUCAUUCAAAUCAUUGAGAUGUGGUACCAAAUGCUUGUUAUUCUUUGAAUUUACACCCUAUUCUUUAAGAAAUAUUGUUGCUAUUACUUCUCAUGUAUUGAUCUUAUUACCCA